AUGGGGGCAACCCAUCUUGCUGCACUGCCUCACGAGUCGACAGAUACACAUUCCCAACAUAUUCAAUACAGCGACAGCCUCUCCCACGCACCAAUCCCUGACACCGAGCAUGUUUUUCUAGUCACCUGGGACGGUCUCGGUGAUCCAGAAAAUCCCCAGAACUGGCCGCUGUUGAAAAAAGGUUGUGCUUCGAUUGCACCCCUGUCCGUGAUUUUUGCAGUCUCCUUUGCAUCGAGUUCCUUUGGCCCCUCUGAUAGCUAUGUCUCCGCAGAGUACAGUAUUUCUGCGGAGGUCACAAAGCUGGGCGUGGCUCUCUUCAUUGCUGGAUAUGCAGUCGGGCCUCUCGUUUUUGCACCAAUGGCAGAGUUAUUCGGCAACGUGCCACCUUUGUUGAUUGCCCUUAUUGGAUGUAGAGCGUUUCAGAUUCCUUUGGCUCUGGCAAAGAACGCUGUCACGAUAUUUGUGUCUCGUUUCCUUGCUGGAGUUCUGGAUUCUGCUGCACUGGCCGUUGGCUCAGGUCUCUUGGCAGGCUUCUACAGUUCCAUCGCUCGUGGCGCCGCAAUUGCCGUGACUGCAUGCUUCAUGAACCUUGGGAGUGUCAUUUCCCCAAUUGCAGCUGCUUAUAUCUCGGAGCGGUAUGGCUGGCGCUGGACUGCAUGGGCCAAUCUGAUUGUGAUUGGUGUAUCGUCGGUGAUUUCCGGAUUCCUUCUAUGUGAAUCAUCUCACAAUCGAAUCCUUAUGCUGCGUGCUGCUCGCCUCCGAGUUGAGACCAAGAACGACAAAUUGCGCGCACAUUCGGAGCUGCAUGCCUUGGAUUUAAAGGUCUUGAUCAGACUACACUUCACCAAGCCUAUUCGCAUGUUUGUUCAGGAACCAAUUCUUAUCCUGAUCACCGUGUACUUGACUCUGGUAUAUGGUACUUUAUACCUGUCUUACCAGUUUUUUACCCAAAACUUCCAAAACCGGGGCUGGGGUGCCAGCACUUCGACACUUUGCCUGGCACCCGUUGGAGUCGGUGUCAUCACCGCCACUGUCAUCAUCGCUACAUACAGCUUGACCUAUUACAAGACCCGUCAAAUUGAGCUUUCAAACAGCAUGGCACAAGGGGGGAGCAUAUCAUCAGCCAGGCUUUCGCCUGAAAUGCGUCUACCUCCAAUGAUGCUAGGCUCGGUCAUUUUGCCCCCGGCACUCCUUUGGUUUGGAUGGUCAGGGGAUGUGCAGUGGGUAUGCCAAAUCAUCUCAUGCUUCUUUGUGGGUUGCUCACUGCAGCUUAUUUUCACAACGGGCAUCAUCUACAUUAUAGAUGUCUAUAUGGGCCACACAGUUUCGGCUAUCUCAAUUCACGUGGUAGUGCGAAGUCUAGCAUCUGCGACUUUUCCAAUGUUCGAGUUGCCCAUGUAUGACCGUUUGGGAAUUAGCUGGUCAUCGACCCUGCUAGCCUGCAUAUCAUUUUUGAUUAUGGCUUGUCCUUUUUCGAUGUGGAAUUUUGGCGCACGUGUCCGAUCGUGGAGCCAGUUCUCUGUGGAUGAUGAGAUGUAG